GUUUCCUUCUUCCUUUUGCCUUGGAGUUUCCCGGGGAGGUUUUGCCUGGGAAGACUGCCCCCAUGCCCUACAUGGUGUGGGGGCAGAACGUCGGCUAUAAAACAACUGCAGUCAGUCAGUCAGUCAGUCAGGGCAACGGAGAGCCGCACACACAUUGCGCCAUGUCAACUGAGGUGAAACCAGGCAUGUCUCUGCGUCCUCUGGGCCUGGAGCCACCCCCGGAGCAAGAGCUGUUGUGUAUCUUUGGGACGGGGGACCUGGGUCGCUCUCUGGGCCAGCGGCUGCUCCAGACGGGCUACAGGGUGGUGUACGGCAGCCGCAGGCCCCACAGCUGUGGCCCCCUGCCCCCGGGGGCUCAGGUUAUGAGCCAUACAGAAGCCGCACAGCUAGCCGCUGUAGUUAUCGUCUGCGUUCAUAGAGAACACUACGAUUUCAUGGAAGAAGUAGCGCCUCAACUGAAGGGAAAGGUAUUGGUGGACGUCAGUAACAACAGCAAGAAGGGCCUCUACCCAGAAUCCAAUGCUGAGUUUUUGCAGAGCCUGGUCCCUGCAGCGUCUGUUGUUAAAGCCUUCAAUACAGUCUCAGCCUGGUCCUUACAGAACGGACCUUCAGAUGCUCACAGACAGGUGUUCCUGUGUGGGGACAAGGCUGAGGCCAAGCAGGCGGUCAGAGAGCUGGCUACCAGGCUGGGCCUCAGCGUCCUGGACAGAGGCAGUCUGUCAGCCGCCAGGGAGGUGGAGGACUUCCCCCUGCAGCUGUUCCCCGAGUGGAGGCUACCUCUCUGCAUCGCCACCGGCCUCACCGCCUUCUUCUUCUUCUACCUGCUCAUCAGAGACAUUAUCUAUGCCUAUGUGGAGCAGGACAAGGACAUCUCCUUUAGGAUCAUGGUGUCCCUGGCCAACAAGGUGUUCCCCAUCGUAUCUCUGAUCAUGUUGUCUCUGUGCUACCUGCCAGGCGUAAUGGCUGCCAUCCUUCAGCUGUAUAGAGGAACCAAGUACAGGCGCUUCCCUGAUUGGCUGGACCACUGGAUGCUGUGCAGGAAGCAGCUGGGCCUGUUGGCGCUGGGCUUUGCCUUCCUGCAUGUGCUCUAUACUCUGCUCAUCCCCAUAAGAUACUACGUGAGAUACGAAAUCAGAGCAUACACAGUGCUGCAGAUCCGGGAGAACAAGACAGAGGUGUUCGAUACGACCUCCGCCUGGUAUACUGAUUCCUACUUUUCCGUUGGGAUUCUGGGAUUCGCACUGUACGUUCUGCUGGGAAUUACCUCCCUUCCCUCUGUCAGCAAUGCACUCAGCUGGAGGGAGUUCAGCUUUGUACAGUCCAAGCUGGGCCACCUCACGUUGUUGCUCUGCACGCUCCACACCUACCUGUAUGGCUGGAACAGGUUCCUGAGGCCCUCCACCUACAAGUGGUGGACCCCGCCGGGCUACAUGCUGUGUCUGGUGGUGCCCUCCGUGGUCCUGGUCCUCAAGCUGCUGAUGGUGCUGCCCUGCGUGGACCGGAGCCUGGGCCGCAUACGGCAGGGCUGGGAGAGGACGGGGCCGGAGGGCGAGGGCACAAAGCCACUAAUGGCAUAGGAGGAGCACAGAUACAGCCCUCCCUACAACGUGACGCACGCCAGCGCACACACAUGGAUUACCACCACCCAUUCUGAAACACGCACACAGGGUUGUGUGCAAUUCCUCCGUCAUCAGUGCCAGUUGCGUAACCCACUGAUCACGAUCAGAGGAGGUCAUAGUCAACAACAGGCCAUCUCUCUCUGUGCAUUGUGGUUGUUCUUAACUUCAGUUAACUGCAACCACAUUGUACUUCUUCCUGCCUACAUACUCACAACUCUAUCAUCAGAUUGUUAACUCUUUAUGUUGGCACUGGAAGACAUUUGCUUUAGCACAUUAUUGUCAGUGCCAUGCAAUUUCGCUUUUCAUUUCUGAAAAUGGUCUGAACUCUACAGUGAUUGGAGAUUGAGGGAUUGUUUUGCCUUCUACAUAUGUAAAAUAUCCAUCAAUAAGGACAUCAUGUGCAUGGUUAUACAUUACUUCCUACUGCCAAUACAUGCUUCUGUGAUAUAAAUUUCCUUCCUUUGGUUGUCCACAUAAUGUAUUAUUGAAUUCUUAUUUUUUUACUGCUAUUUUAAUAAACCUUACUCUACAUUAUCCCAAAUAAUUGUUUUUGUUUCCAUUCCUCGCUGCUGUGUACUGCUCUUUAAAUAAACAUUAUUGCAUUUGACAA